AUGCUAGAAAAUGGUGGAGCAGCUGACCAGUACGACGAGUACCUACGGAUUGCGAAGUCUACUUCGUUGGAUUGCAUGCGCCGCUUCUGUGCGGUGGUCAUCCAACGCUUCGGCACGGAGUACUUGAGAAGACCAACCCCUGCCGACUGCCAAAGGCUUAUGGCAAUGCACGAGGCGAAACACGGCUUCCCAGGAAUGCUUGGAAGUCUUGAUUGCAUGCACUGGGCGUGGAAGAAUUGUCCAGUGGCAUGGCACGGAGCAUACACUCGAGACGAGAAGAGCAAGAGAUUCAAGAUGAUGCAGGAAGUUGCUCGCAAGGAUAUUGAACUAGCAUUCGGUGUUCUUCAAGCUCGGUGGGCUAUCAUCAAAGGACCAGCGUGUCUUUGGAGCAAGGCGGAGUUGAGCGACAUCAUGUUCACAUGCAUCAUUUUGCACAAUAUGAUCGUCCAAGACGAAGGUGACCAUGCUACGGAAUGGGCAAACGAGGGCAAUGACGAAGCUUCGAGUAGCUCUACCGCAACUCGUCCACGCAGAGGGGCUCCGCCGGAGUUUCGCCAAUAUGUCGCACGCCAAGUAUCCAUGCGAGACACGAAGAUGCAUGCUCACCUCACUUUGGACUUGAAGGAGCACAUUUGGUCUCAAUUUGGUCCGAUUGACCACUAG